AUGUCGCGGACGUUGCUACUCUGUUUCAUACAUGGAUUCAAGGGGAACGAUGAUACGUUUCGAGAGUUUCCGCGUGAUCUACAAAAUGCAGUGUCAAAUAAACUCCCUGAUCACAAUGUCGAGUCUAUAGUGUACCCGAAAUACGAUACGAAGGGGGAGCUGGGAGAAUGCUGCGCAUCUUUUCUGUCGUGGUUGAAAGAGAAGGUAAUGGAUGUGCGAAAGGCGAACACCGAAAAACCAUGGCCUCCUCAAGACAGAGAAGUGGGAGUCGUCUUAGUGGCGCAUUCAAUGGGUGGGUUUGUGGCGGCAGACUCGUUAUUCCUCAUACUGGAUGAGAGGAUAGCUCAUGGACAAGAAGAUUCACCAAUCUUCCCGUUGAUCCAAGGAAUCCUGACAUUUGACACCCCUUACAAUGGACUUGCACGAUCAAUGUUCGUCUACGGCGCAUUCUCAAACUACCAAAAAGUUAGCACCGUAUUCAAUGUCAUGACCGCUAUAUCUGCAGCUCCAGCGGCUCUGGGAAAGACAGCCUUGAAGAAGACAGCAUCAAGAAUCCCCCCCGCACGAUCUACCAGUGCGGCCUGGAAAGCUUGGCAACUCGUUGCGGUUCGUACUGGGACUGUUGGUGCUAUAGCUGCUGGGGGUGUUGUUGCUUAUACGCAUCGUCAGCGGAUCAUGAAUGGUGUGCGCAGCGUGAGGAAUCUGAACAAGGAGUCCGUCAAAGAAGGUUACCAGCAGGGCAUCGAUACUCUCAGUCAAGGGCUGGCAUAUAUCAACAGUGGUAACGUGGGCCGGUCUUUUGAAUACUUAUCAGAUCACUUCACCUUUGUUGGCACGCUCAUGAAGCAGGCCGAAUUGAGUCAAAGGUUAGAUCGGUUAGCUGCCCUGAAGGGCAUCGGGGUUCACGUCUAUUACACGUCUCUGGGAGAGAAUGGGAUGUGGAGUGGUGGCUACUUCGUACCGGAGCGGACAUUUUGCGCCGUUCCCGCCAAGGAUCAUCAGGCAUACCCCCUAUUCUCGCGACAAAUCCUUAAGAAUAUCAAAGAUGAAGUUCAAGCACACAUGAGCAUGUUCAUCAGAGAUAAAAAUGAGGAGUAUGAGCAGAUGAUGGAAGAAGCAAGCAAUCUAGUAACUACCUGGUUCAACGACGAUUCACCUCUCUUCGAUGACCCCAAGUUUGCUUCUCAUCCAUCACCCGAGCCUAUCGACCAACUUGUGACCAUAACAGAAGAUGGCCAAGAAGUGCCCAAGACAGACGCCAUUCUCAAAGAAGUGGACAUAGACCCAAAAAUUCUUGAAGACGAAGAGGAUGAUGAGGGUGGCUAUGGCUUCCCGUCGCCCUUAGAUAUCACGGCGGCUGCAGCACUCGUGCCUCUCCCAGACGACGUUCCAGAGGAGGAGGAGGAAGAUGGCGACGAUGAAGACGAGGGCAUAUUACAAGAGCCCGAAGCAGAAGCAGUGCAGCAAAGCACGUACAUGCAAUAUCUCAUGCGAGUUGCCGGACAGGCGAGAAGUGGGGUCAAGUCCUACGUGCCGACCAAAAUGCCCGAUUUACCUCAAAUCCCUUCGGGUCCGAGUUUCAAAUCCUAUAUCCCAAAUCAGAUGCCGCAGAUGCCGCGGAUUCCCAAACCAUCAGUCCACAUAUUUAGUAAAAAGAUAUCGCAGUCGCUUAUUGAACUGGAUAAGCCAACGGACGAAGCAGUGAAAGAGGCCAUACAAGAGUCAGCAACAGAAACUGAGACACCUGCAAGACCUGCACCCGGGGCCGGUAGGAAGAGAGCCGACAGUGGAGUGCAUCUAUCCUCGGAGCCUAUCGGGUCAACAACACUAAAAGAGGAUCUAAAUACGAAGGCUUCCCCAAUAGUAGCCGCCGCUAAAUAAGGAUAUAGAGGUAUAGACUAACAGGUAUCGGGCUUAGCAUCAGUAAAGGUUACAAAUAUUGCUUGUGACAGCCACCCAUUCAAACUCAAUAGGAUGGACAUUCGGAGAGAACACUCCGUAC